CCCUAAUUCAGCGUACGCACCGCUUCGAUAUUCACAACAAAGAAGAAAAACAAGGAAAAAAACUCGAUUUUCCCUUUAAAAGAUGCCGCCAAAGUUGAAAUUUGCUGAAGGUGAAAAAGUCCUGUGUUUCCACGGACCCAUCAUCUACGAAGCCAAAGCAUUGAAAGCUCAGAUUUCAAAGGACUCGAAACAAGUCAAAUACCUCAUCCAUUACGCAGGCUGGAACAAAAAUUGGGACGAAUGGGUGCCGGAAAAUCGUGUUCUCAAGUACAACGAAGCCAAUAUCGCGAAACAAAAGGAAAUUUCCAAGCAACAUUCGAUCGCUGCGAAAAACAAGAAGCAAGCAAACAAAAAGAAGGAAACCGCAACUGCGAAUUCGAGUAGCAAAGAUUCGAGCGAUUCACGAGCAUCGACACCGUCAAAGGAAGUUAACGAUGGCAGCAGCAAAAAAGACGCAAAAGAAACGCCCUCAACGAGUCGCAGCAGUGCCCGAACCUCAAAACCGAGCACACCGAUCCCGACAGAACAGCCUGCGUCGAAAAAACGCGUCGUCGAAGCGGAUACCGUCGAGUCGGAAGAAAAAUUCCUGUCAAAAGUCGAAGUAAAGAUCAAAAUCCCGGAGGAAUUAAAGUCUUGGCUCGUUGACGAUUGGGAUGCGAUUACGCAUCAACACAAACUCUGCGAGUUGCCGGCGAAGAAAACAGUACAAGACAUCGUUGACGGCUACAUUUUGUUCAAGAAAAACGCAAAAACGAACACGACGGUCAAAGAAACGGCAGUUAACGACGUCGCCCAAGGCAUUAUCGAGUAUUUCAAUGUGAUGCUCGGCUCGCAGCUCCUUUAUAAAUUCGAAAGACCCCAAUAUGCGGAAAUUUUGAAAAAACAUCCCGACUUGACGAUGGCGAAGAUCUACGGUCCAUUCCAUUUGCUACGACUCUUCGUAAAACUCGGAUCUUUGUUGGCGUUCACGGCGUUGGACGAGAAAUCGGUUCAAGCGUUGCUCGUGCACAUCCAGGAUUUCCUUAAAUACCUCGUGAAACAAUCUCAGACACUUUUUAGCAUGUCGCAGUAUGUGAAUACGCCGCCCGAGUACCAUCGGUUAUAGAGAUUUUAAAGUUUUAUAUUUACUUCUUGUAUUACUAACUUUUUUUUUUAAACAGAAAAAAUUAUGAAAUAAAUUGACUAUGGACAUGAA